AUGCCUUAUUCCAACAAUAAUACGCUAUGUAAUGAAGCGCAACCAGAGAGAGAAACAUUCCAUGCUUUCCCACGUCUUCCUACCGAAGUACAGGAUUUAAUAUGGCACUUCGCGCUCGAGGAGCAACCCUCUGCUCACUUCGUCACCCUCGAAAAGGUUGUUCUUGGCAAAUUCGGCCCGACUUCUAGUGUCCCAAAACGCUACCAGCGGCUUGUUCCCAUACUUGAAAUCCUCACUAGAGCGCCUCCGCCCGCAGAGUUAGCGACAGGUGAACAUGAGACCUCGACGAUGUCAUGCGCUCUAAAGCAGACAAGCUUGGCUGCUCGAAAAGCGGCAUUCCGACUACAGGAGUCUUGGGUGGCUGGUCAAACCCUCCAGCUCUACGGUGCAAACCGAACCGCACGGAGUGAUGCUCUUAAUCAGCUAAUAGCGGAUGAGGACAUACUAGGUGGAUUGUGGGAGAAGUGGCGAAAUGGAAAUUCAAUCGACCCAAAUUCACAUGGCGAGUACCCAGCAUCAUUUAUCGUUAACGUCCCUUCCUUGUUGGUAGACAGCACGCAGGACCUGAUCAUCGUGCGGUAUGGUUGGGCAGAUGUUGCUGGUGAAUUGCGCAUGGGUUCUGACUUUCGUCACUGGAGCCCAAAUCUGCCUAUACAAAAAGCCCCAUACAUUGCUCUGGAAUGGCCCGGUGGCUUUCAAGAGAGCAACUUCAACCUUGGCCCGUUCUUGUUCAUGCGCUUCCGGUACGAGGUACUAUAUGUUCUUGUCAACCCAGAUGACCUCAAAGCAAGUGUGUCACUCGAACCAACGACGCCGGAAACAGCAAGGGAACAACGCGAGAUUUUGGAAAAGCCGUUCGUGAGGCCUAUUGAAAACCAAAUCAGCACUAUUCCGGAGAAGUUUUGGUACGGGAAGCGGGAAUUCUUCGUGAUCAGCUGGGAAGACGUUGAGAAGAGGAUGAUUUCUCGCCCCUCUCGGGCUCUGCACGUAAUCAUCAAAGAAUUGCUUGAGCUUAGGAAUGAGGAGGACAUAUGCCCUGGUUGCGGGGACCCAGGGUGCGAACAUAGGCACGAGAACUUCCCUGUGGCAUGGAGAAUCAUGUCAUGGCGAGACGCAGAAUGA